UAUAGAGGCAGUUCCGGAGAGUUGGAGUGUUGCAUAUGCAUCUGAUCCAACUGAAUGGGAACGCAAAUUUGACGAGUGUUGGGAUGAUGCAGAGAAAAUUCUGGAUAAGAAAGAAUGUAGUCCCGAACACGAUAUUACUUACAACGAGAUGACUCAGCUGAUAGCUCAGCUGACUCGUAUGUGCCAGCUGCUGAUGAUGGAAGUAAAUGCGCAACCAGAGCCAGCUAUCGGCCCAAUACUUGACCGUUACUUCACACAACAGAUCGUGGAACGAGUGCUUGAUUGGGCCAUUCAGGUUCCGGAUUUUUUGAAGCCAACAUGCCAGCUGGCUCUCAUCCGCAUCUAUGAGCUAAUUAUUUCUGAGAGUCAUACCCAAAACCAUUGCUUGCUGGUACAUAAACCGAUAUUGAAUCCUCUUUUGAGGUUGUUUGAAUGGUGCCAGCGUGCAGAUGGACUGCGGCCUCACAAACUGGGACACCCAUCUGCCACUGAGAAACACUUUGUAGUUUUACUGAAUCAGAUCUGUACAAAAUUAGCCGAGGAUCGAACACUUCUCCAUUUUUUCUUUUCUUGUACUGAUGGCGCUGACCAGUUUAUAGUCUUCUCCUUGCUUAUUCCAUUUCUUUAUGAGCAGGUAUCUAUCGAUUUGAAUAUCGUUGCACCAUCUCAUAUGCCUUGCUUUAUUUUCAGAACGAUGUAG